UCACAGAGGACUGUACUUCCUUCUGUUUUGUUGGUUCAAAUUAACUUAAAUUAGAAUAAGUACUUUCAAUUUGUAACUUGAUUGCUGGGCAUAUUAUAUCAUUUAAAUAUUUUUUCCGGGAGGACACCUUCAAGUUAUCCACCAACAACCAUAAUGGCAUAUAAUCCCAAUUACGGUCAAGGCUACCCCAACCAACCGCCCGGCCAGCAAGGUUACCCCAACCAGCCACCUGGGCAGCUAGAAGUGGGCCACGGACCUUAUCCGUCCAUGGGCCCCGGCGGUGGGAUCUCGCCGCAGGUCCAGCAAUGGUUCCGAGCAGUCGACAAAGACCAAUCCGGGUUCAUCACCGCCGACGAGCUUAAGUCCGCCUUGGUGAAUGCGCAGGGGCAGACGUUCUCUCAUACAGCUUGCAGUUUGAUGAUUGGGAUGUUCGAUAAGGAUCGUUCGGGACACAUCAACGUAGAAGAGUUCGACAAGCUGUACACGUACGUUAACCAGUGGUUGGCAGUGUUCAAGACCUACGAUACCGAUCAGUCCGGCCAUAUCGACGAACAGGAGCUCUCUAAAGCUUUGAAUCAAAUGGGAUUCCGUUUCACCCCGGACUUCAUCAACUUCUUGUCAAAACGUUCAGACCCGAAAGGAGGGAAGGUGUCAGUGGACGAGUUCAUCGUACUCUGCGUCCAAAUACAGCGAUUCACUGAGGCCUUCCGCGUGCGAGACACUCAGCAAAACGGGACCGUCACUAUUGGAUUUGAAGACUUCCUGACAGUCGCAUUGAGCUGCUCGGUCUAAUAGUUGGAUUACCCUUUCAUUGCUUUUCAUCAAGCCCAAUGUCACUGAUAUUCCAACUUCAUAGAUGAAUAUAGUAAGCGUACUUGAAAACGUCAAGAUUACAUUGAAAGACCACGCCUAAGACGUAUAAUGGAUAGUUCUGGGCUCGACGUACUACACAUUAGGGCGUCCGAGGCUUUGAAAGGGACAAUGGAGGAAAUCUCAAAACAGACAGAUAUCACCAUUGCAUGCUUUAUUGACAGCCUUACAUAUGGAAGAAAUACUGAACACAUUCAGUUACCACACACAAAUCGCAGUUAGCACCAGACUUCAUAAGACUUUUAAUGAUGCUUUAAACAAGGGAUAUUUUUAUAAUGCCGUCUUGCACAGCCA